CUCUGUGGGACUUCAGCUUUCUGGAGUUUAUGACUACUGUGCCCGCAGCAUCAUGGCCGCGUACCUGUUCCUCCUGGGCCUUUUCCUGCUGCUGCCACGACCUGUCCCUGCUCCCUGCUACACUGCCACUCGGUCAGAAUGCAAGCAGAAGCACAAAUUCGUGCCUGGUGUGUGGGCGGCUGGGGAAGGUGUGGAUGUGACCACCCUCCGCCGCUCCAGCUCCUUCCCAGUGAACACAGGGAAGUUCCUGAGGCCUGACCGCACCUGCACCCUCUGUAAAAACGCCCUGAUGAAUGACGCUAUACAGCGCCUACCCGUGGCAAUCGCCCACUGGCGGCCUCACGGCUCACACUGCCAGCGUAAUGUGGCCACAACCAAGGUCAGCUCCACGGAGGGUGUGGCGCGGGAGGCGGCUGCUAAUAUCAAUAACGACUGGCGUGCGGGGCUGGAUGUGAACCCUAAACCGGAAGCAAACGUGCAUGUGUCCGUGGCUGGCUCCCAUUCCAAGAUAGCCAAUUUUGCAGCCGAGAAGGCCCAUCAGGACCAAUACAACUUUAAUACUGACACAGUGGAGUGUCGCAUGUACAGUUUUCGCCUGGCACAAAAGCCUCCACUCCACCCUGACUUCAGAAAGGCACUCAAGAACCUUCCCCACAACUUUAACAGCUCCACAGAGCAUGCUUACCGUAGACUCAUCUCUUCCUAUGGGACUCAUUUUAUUACGGCUGUGGACCUAGGUGGCCGCGUCUCGGUCCUCACGGCUCUGCGUACCUGUCAGCUGACCCUGGAUGGGCUCACAGCUGAUGAGGUAGGAGACUGCUUGAGCGUGGAAGCCCAGGUCAGCAUCGGUGCCCAAGCCAGUGUCUCAAGCGAAUACAAAGCUUGCGAGGAGAAGAAGAAACAACACAAAAUCGCCACCUCUUUCCACCAGACCUACCGUGAGCGUCAUGUCGAAGUGCUCGGUGGCCCCCUUGACUCCUCGAAUGACCUGCUCUUCGGGAACCAAGCUACCCCUGAGCACUUCUCUACCUGGAUAGCCUCAUUGCCCACCAGGCCUGAUGUGGUGGACUACAGCCUGGAGCCCCUGCACAUACUACUGGAAGACUCGGACCCGAAGCGAGAGGCACUGAGACAGGCUAUCAGCCAUUAUGUGAUGAGCAGGGCUCGCUGGCGAGACUGUAACCGGCCCUGCAGGGCAGGCCAGCAUAAGAGUAGUCGUGAUUCAUGCCAGUGUGUGUGCCAGGAUUCGAAGGUCACCAACCAGGACUGCUGCCCACGCCAGAGGGGCUUGGCCAAGUUGAUGGUAAGGAAUUUCCAGGCCAAGGGUCUGUGGGGGGACUACAUCACAUCUACGGAUGCUUAUCUGAAGGUCUUCUUUGGUGGCCAGGAGAUCAGGACCGGUGUAGUGUGGAACAAUAACCAUCCCUCGUGGAGUGACAAGAUGGACUUUGGGAAUGUGCUCCUGUCCACAGGGGGACCCCUCAGGGUGCAGGUCUGGGAUGCUGACAAUGGCUGGGAUGAUGACCUUCUUGGUACUUGUGACAAGUCUCCCAAGUCUGGUUUCCAUGAGGUGAAUUGUCCCCUGAACCACGGCAGUAUAAAAUUCAUCUACCAGGCCAAUUGCUUGCCCCAUCUCACUGGAGAGACCUGCCUGGAGUAUGCCCCCCAGGGGCUUCUAGGAGAUCCACCAGGAAACCGCAGUGGGGCUGUGUGGUAAAAACAAACAAAAAAGACAUAAAAAACAAAAAAAAAAAAACAAAACAAAAAACAAAACAAAACAAAAAAACCCAAAAAACAAACAAAAACCAUGCCUGAGAGUUGGGUGUAGUAGCACAUGCCUUCAAUCCCAGCUUUUGGGAGGCAAACACAGGUGGAGCUCUAGGAGUUCGAGGCCAGCCUGGUCUACAUAGUGAGACCUAUCUCAAUAAAAGCAAACAACAAAA